AAGGUCCAUGGGCAAAAUCAAAAAAUAUAAUGUCAGUGUCAAAUAAAAUGUUUAAUUGAAGAAAAGAUUCAGACUCACUGCAAUUUUUAUACUUAAUUUCUCACAUUUUUGCAGUCCGCAGUGUAACAAAUUACUAUUGGUCUAGAUUUUUUUGUAUUUAGCGUUUCGAUACUUUUUGAAAUGGAUCCAAUCACAGUUUUACAAAGUAGAAUUGAACAACUUGAAGCAAAGUUAGGUUUAGCUGUGAGUCCGACUCCAGACGGUCAACAGGGAGAUUCUGCUACCAGCCAUUUACUAAACACGGCUCAAACUAUAAACAAUGCUACAUUGGGACACGAAAAGCUCUCUGAAGCUGUGAACAUGGCCCACGAACUGAAUAAUUACACCAACCCAAAUUUUGUUGAAAUAAGUGAGCAGAGCAAUAAGCACAAGCAGGUGGUGACAGCUGCGGAGCCCGUGCUGCACUACCACUGCUCUUGCAUGCACCGAUGCAAACAGGCUGUUCCAGUAUUAGAGUCUGAACCAAUACAGCAUGUUCCGGAAAUGCAGGCAUCUGUUGAUAACAUGCACCAAGCUGCAGCAGAAGUGAAGGCUGAGGCAGAUGCAGUAUCGCUUGGAAUACAAGAAAUAGCAGAGACAUGCGGUGUGGCGGCGGCGGCAGCGUCGGAGCAACUGGCGGGGGUUGCUCGGCACGUCGAGCAGGCUGAGCAAAAGCUGUUCCCGCAGCGCAGGAACGGCUUGGAUUAGCCGCCAUCAAUCCCUCGGUUAUACAAUUUCCACUCUACGCUGCAAGUCAAAUUUACAUCUGGACUUCUUUCAGAAUAAUCUGGAUAUUGAUAUAAUUUGUCUACAUUCUUCAUUUUAUCACAGUCAUAUUUUUCCAACUGUCUUACUUUUUAUGAAUUGGUAAACUUUUAAAGUUGUUAUUAUUUAAAUUUUAUUAUUUUUAUGUGUUACAAGACUAAUAAAAAUUAAAAUAAAUAAUUGUAUAGUAUUUGUUCAA